UAGCAGAUAUUUAUAACAUGCGUCACAUUUAGACUACCAGUUAAAGAAAAAAAGGCCAAAAAAUGGAUGACAAUGCCAUUUCAUCAAACCCAAUUCCUGUUAGUCAACAAAAUGAUCCCCUUACAAAGAACAUUUUCGAUUCCAUGCAGGAAAUGUUGGUGAAACCAGAAGAUAAUCAGCCCAAUGUAAAAGGAGCAGGAAAAAUGCAAAAAUUAUUUAACAACAGCAACAAACCAGUUCAAUGGAACAAUAUGUUCAGCAGACUAAGUCAAAACAAGGAACUUCAUAAAUUUUGCAAAACCGCUACAUCAAACAAAGAAAAUAAAGUUACGAACACGAGUUCAUUUGAGACAGUUCAUUGUAAUGAGGAAAAUUUAAAUAAUACAAAAUCCAGUGAGAUUGUGCCCAGUGAAACUGACAAUUCUGUUGGAUCGGUGAAUAAGGGCAGCAAAGAAAAUAAUACUGUGACAUUCAAGGAAACAAAAUUGAUGUUUUCUGACGAUCACGAAAAUCAAGAGAGAUUCAAAUCUGUGACUCCUAUCAGUAAUUCAACAGAUAAUGUUAGUAUUAGUGAAUGUACUCAACAUUCUAUAGAAGAUAUUUCUUGUAAUUCUGUGCCUAAUCCUGAUUCUUCAGAGAACCAUAACACUUCAGAUGAAGGAAAAUCAUGUACAGAAACUCGUGACGAGAUUGUAUUGAAUAGUGAAUUUACUGAAAAAGAAAAUGUCAACGAUUUGAAAAAGAGUGUUAUCGAUAAUGAUUGUGAAUCCAAUGAUUUGAAAAGGAGCAUUAUCAAUAGCGAUUAUCAACGCAACGAUUUAAAAAGGAGCAUUAUCGAUAGUGAUUGUGAACCCAAAGAUUUGAAAAGGACCAUUAUUGAUAGUGAAUGUGAACCCAAUGAUUUGAAAAGGAGCGUUAUCAAAAGUGAUUGUGAAUCCAACGAUUUGAAAAGGAGCAUUAUUGAUAGUGAUUGUGAACCAAGCGAUUCGAAAAGAAGCAUUAUCGAUAGUGAUUGUGAAUCCGUAUCUGAUGACAUGCCAGAUAGUUGGGUAGUUAAGGAUGAAAUUGGGGCAAGUCAUCCUGCAGACAUGUCAAAGGACUGGAUUGGACCUAAUUCUGAAUGGGAACAGGAGAAUGAAGGCAACAACGACUCUGACGUUAACCAAAUGAGUAUGAACGAUUUAGUUGUCUUGGAUGAAACUUCUUCCUCUGAUGAUGGAAUGAAUAAUAUUUCUCCCCAGAGAUCAAAGACGUCAUUUAAUGAAAGUCCCCCAAAAAGUGAGCAGAAAUUAAAUUUUUCUCAGCAAAAUAUCAAAAGCCCUCUUGAAUUAAAUGCAAUAUGUUCUAAUAAAGGACUAGACAGUUAUGACCCUGUAGAUAAUGAAACAUUAUUAACAAAAUCAUCAUUACCCGUACCAAAUAGCCGAAGCAUAACUGCGGAAAAAUCUUCCACUAGUAAAAUUGAUCUUGAAUCUAAAAAUGUUUCUAAUGUAUCAUCAGCUAACCUGAACAGCUCUACUGAAUCAUCUCUGAUGAUAACAUUUUCACCCAUAAAGGACAAUCUAGAGAACUUUUCUGAACUCAACAACUCAAAGAAAAUUUGUCCAGAUUCUGAAAAAUCUAUAAUAAAUUCGGAGACCUUGAAAUCAUCCUCGACAAGAUCGUCCUCGAAGGGGACUUUUCAAGAUGUAAGGACAUCAUCGCCCAUUAAUAUGUCCAUUUAUUCAGAUGUAAGUGAUGGAGAGCCAGAAGAACAUACUAAGGUUAAGGAUGAUGAUGCAUUGUCUCUGAUUUCAUCUGAUGAAUCUUUCUACUCAGAAGGUGUUGAUAUUGUUGGUGAUUUCUUUGAAGUAGAUCAAUAUGAAAAUGCUUCACCUGUACAAACAAGAUCCCCGGAAACAUCCAAUGCAAAGCCUUCACCAAUGUCAUCCCCAGAAAGUAUCUUUUCAAAGACUUCUCAUCACUCAAGUUCAGAACAACUUGAAGCUGUGGAUUCAAAGGUGGAAUUUAUUGAAGAAUGUGGAAAAUCAAUAUUAGACAAUAAUGCAGAGGUACUCAAUAUGGAGGUAUCCAUGGAUUUUAGAAACAAAGACAGAAGAUCAUCUCUUGAUAGUCUACAUACCAUUGACAGCCUUCAUACUGUUUCAGAUUGUUCAGAUAAUGAAAAAGAUGUCUAUGAUCGUCCUGUGGGAUCAUCUUCUGUACCGGAAAAUGUAUUAUCAUCAUCUGAAUCCCCAUCUAGGGCCUUAAAGGUUACUACUGCUGAUACUGUAUCACCCACAACUUCUAAGAUAGACAUUAAUUCUGAUUUAUCAAACAGUGGACCAAAAUUAACAAAAAGUGGAGUGAUUGCUGGUUUUACAACAGACAAUGUAAUACCCAAUAAUUGCAAAACUAAAAACCUUAGACCCCCUACUCCUCUGUUAGACGAAGAAAUUGAAGGGGAUUUUGGUGCUCCAUCAGUAAAUGAAUUAAUGUCUGGGAGGGGGCACGAGGAUUUAGUGACUUCUAGUUCAUUGGACCAAAAUGUAACAGUCAGGUCUUCCACACCACUGCUUGAUGAAAUAAAUGAGUCUGAAAGAACAAUUAAUCAAUCCACAAAACAGGGUUCUAUGCUUUAUUCUACAGCUCAAUCCACUAAACAAAUGGACAACAUUGUAGUAACACAUAACCCAUUUCCAAUCGAAACAAAUGCAACAGGUAGAUCUUCCACCCCAGUUCUGGAUGAAAAAAAUGAACUUAAUAUUACAAAUGGCGAAACUAAUGAAUUAAUAUCCCCACAAAAUCCUGCCUCACUUACUGUUGAUACCGAAAAGAAUAAGGACAAAGAAUACAGUCCCGAACUUCAGUCAGUUGAUCCAUCCAUUUUAUCCCAAUCAUCAAAUGUAGAAAUCAACAUCAAAACAUGUGAAUGUGAUAUUGGGAUUAAUAAUGAUGAAAAGGAAGCCAGUGAUCAGAAAUUUAUGUCACAAAGUGGUGCCCCUGAUGAAUAUGUUACACAGUUUAAAAACUCUACUAAAGACCAAAAUCAAGUUACCCAAAGGAACCCUUCAAGAACAAAUUUAGAACAUGUCAGUUUACCCCAUAUUAGUCAUAUAUCAUCUGAAGUAAAAGAAAAUGACAGUAGUUGUUCCCUGGAUGUAAUUGGACCAGAAAAAAAUAUUGCAGCGAGUAAGAGGUGCCGCCCCAUUGUCAUAGACUUCCAAAAUGCUAUGGUCAAAAUCAAAAGCUCUUCACAAUUUAAUCAUGAAGGCUUGCACCAAACAAGCGAUCUUGCAGCAACGUCUUCUAGCAUUCAAGAAAAAGGCCUGUCAGUGUCUCAAAUAUCAUAUCCUGGGUUGGAUUUGCAGGAUUUUCCUAUAGGGAAUUCAUUUUCAAACUUUUCUGAAUCUGCUUCAAAAAGUCUGCUUCGAGACGAUAGUCAACAGGACCCAAAUCAAUUUAACGAUCAAGAUGAUUCCCUACCUCCACUGCAAAUAGAUGAAUCUAAAAAUGAGUAUUUGGCCACUUCUCAGAAAAGUGAUGAUAUUAUUAUGGGGUUUUAUCCUAAUUUAUUUGGUAAUAGUCGAAAUACAUGUAUUGGCAGAAACUCAGAAAUUCAAGAACCAAAUAAAUUGUUGGAAAAUAAGCAAGAGACUACAUCAUCCCCCAAAUCAUGUAGGAAAAUCAGUGGAACAUUGCCCAAAAAUAAGAAUGAAAAAAAUACUUUACCGAAUUCAAAAAAGAAGACUUCACCAAAUUCAAAAAAGAAGACUUCACUAAAGAUUAAGCCUGGGAGAAUAGAAAAAUGUCCUGGAUAUUCAGUUUCUCAUGCUAAUUAUGAAAAAGCUAUGGAACAUUACUAUUCUCAGUCUGAUCAACCAUUAUAUAUAGAAAAAUAUCAAAGUUAUAAUAACAAUGCUGAUGCAAGAAAAAUAGAUCCCAAAUUGCAACCCAUAUUGAACCAUACAGCUCAGGUACCCAGCUUACCUGCUGUAGAAAAGAAAAAAAAUUAUCAACGAGGAUUUAUGGUUGGAAGAAUGAAUGGAGCAUUUAUUUGUUUAAAAUGUAAAUGUAAAUUUUAUGACAGAAAGAACUUCAGAUGGCAUCUAUGGCACCAUGUACAUCAGAAUGCUGAUAGAUGUCCAUCUUGUAAUUCAACAGACCCUUUAUCACCAUGUGAAACCACAGAAGGUCUCCUGAACUUCAUUUCAAAUAUGGAAAAUAAAGAGGCCUUCUUUGUUACACCCAAGCAAUAUCUGAGAGGUGAAGUGAACAUAGCAGAAAAGCAGCAUUCACCAGGAAUCGCUAUUGACUCUCAUUGUUCAAAACAUUUAUCUCGGGAGUCAGAAAAGAAGCAUACUAAUAAUGCCAAUACUAAUGAAAAAGGUCCUCAAGCUGAUGACACAGCAGAAAAAGCAGAUAUUGGACAUAGUCUUUUGCCCAUAAAAAUUCUAAAUACAUUUUCUAUGUCAACAGGAGAGUUUCUUCCAACUGAUGAUUCCAAGUUGACCAAUGAUCAUAGUACGAACAGACAAGAAGAUACAUCUACAGCUUAUAACAGCAACUCUGCUGGGCACUCUGCACCUACGAAUAAACACAAUUUGAAGGACUCUUCAACUAAACAGACAUCAGGAUAUUUCUUCAAAUGUUCAGUUUGUCAUAAAUCCUAUCUUCAUGAAAAAGAAUUAGAAGAUCAUUUAUUUUCCACUCAUGAUUCAACCACUUGCUUUAAAUGUGUGUAUUGUGGAUUUGAAACUUUUGAUAAGUUGGACUAUGCAUCUCACUAUGCUAUUCACAUUAACUCUAUAGGAUUUGACUGUCUGUAUCCUGGUUGUAAUGUUAAGUCAGAUAUUUUGGACCAUCAUUUGAAACAUCUAAGCUGCCACAAGAAUUGGAAACCUUCCUGUAGUCGCUGUCAAUUAAAUUUUGACAAAAUUCAUUUGUUAUCUGAACACUAUGAACAGAAUAUGGUUUCCCUUUUUGCCUGUGCAUAUUGUGACGCCAAAGCUAUAGAGAGGGGCACAUUUUUAGAACAUGUUACUAAAGAUCAUGCUCUUGUAGGUUUAAAUGUGAGAGUGACAAAUCUGUUAGUGUGUAAUAUUUCUUCAAAUGUAAACAAAUUAGGACAAAAUAAUUCUCCUUUAGUGCAACCUUCCACUGUAGGAAAUAAAACCAAUAAAGAUCAUCUACACUCAAAUAAACCGGCAAAUUCAGAUCUUAGUUUUUCCACUUUCUUGUGCCAAAAAUGUUCUUUUGUGUGCAAUGAUAAAAAAGUUUUUCUAGUCCAUAAGAAGAUUCACAUUGCUCCACAAGAUUUAUCUGAAACUAUGCCAUUUACUUGUCCGUGUUGCCCAACUUCUUUUAGUAUACUGACUGAAUUGAUGUUCCAUUUGGAAUACCAUGACAAGGAUCUUCAGUUCUCUCUUUACCAAUGUCCAGAAGAUGGAUUCAUCACAAAUGAUCGACAAAAAGGUAAAAUGCAUCUUUCACAGAUAAACCACACCAACGUGGAGUUAUAUCAGAUUAAAACAUACCAUCAUGAAAGUAAGAUUUAUUGUUGCUCAUUUUGUGGCAUUAAAGUCAAGGAAAAGUCCAUUUUUAUUCAACAUCUAUCAAUUCAUGGACGGCCAGGAGAGGAGGAAGCAGAAGUAUUAAAAGAAGCAGAAGAUGAUGAAAAUUUUGGUAAAAAAUUUGUUAGCAAUAUACAUCAGCUUAAUUUCAAAACUCCAGGAUCAUCGCUUGUUAAUGGUGGCUCCUUAUCUAAAGAAACCCAAAGUAGCAUAGCAACUCCCAAGAAACUUUUCAAAAGCCCAAAAGAUUGUGAAAUUGAACAGGAUAUAAAUGAAACAUUUACCUAUGAAAACAAUGUUCCAUAUGUCACAAAGUUGUAUAAUUUGGUGAUAAAGUCUACUCCAUCUUACAAAAAUUGUUCUCGAGCCUUAGAUCAGAAACUGAAAAUCCUCUAUUCUCAUCAGUCAGGAUUUUUUGUCUGUGCAAUCUGCAAUGAAAAAUACCGUGUCAAAAAUUUAUUGUUUAAUCACAUAAUUGAACAUUUGGGAAUUUUGUAUCGAUGUUAUACAUGUGGUAUAUCUAACAAAACCUAUGAUAAUGCAAUUUGUCAUGCUUUAAAAUUCCAUCAAACAGAACGAAAUUCUGUAGUUUAUUCAGAGAGUUUAGCUGAAAAAGUCCACAAAUUAGCCGACUCUUUUCCAUCAACAAUUGUUCUUAAUACUGCAAGAACAGAGGUUUCUAAUCAUGUAACUCAUCAGACACAAGAAAAAUCCUUCACUGCCAACAGAAAUAAAACAAAAGUUUUUACAAGGCUUAAGGUGAUGGAAUCCAAACACCCCAACUCUGAAAUAACCACCAACUGUACAUCUGAUUUGGAAACCACACCACCAACUCAUCCACCUGCAGAAAUAAGUGAUGAGGAAUUACGUUUCCUUGCUGAAGAAGAUACCGUUAAAGCUUUCAGCUGUUUAAUCAGGAGAGGAAUUGAAUGUUCUUGGUGUAAAAUGUGUGGCAAGGCAUUUUCACAGACUUUGCCAGGAAAAACUCAACUAUACCAUCACUUGCUGACAAAGCAUCUAAAGUACAAGCCCCAUAGUUGCUUCCAUUGUCCCUUUUCUGCUUAUUCUGCGAAAGUUCUAACGAACCAUAUUAAAACUAUGCAUGUUGGAAUAAACAUCAUAUCCUUCACUGUUCGGAAUAUUGUUGAAGAUGUCAUUGAUUUAAUCAAGGAAUCAGGACUUGACAUCGAUUUCUCUGAACUCCUUGAACAUUGCGACUCUGAUAGUGUCCCCGGCAGCAGUGUUGAUACGUCUUCCACAAUUUCUGCCUCUUAUAGCUGUGAAAUGUGCUCAGCAACUUUUGAUUGUCCCUUUAAGAUAUUACGACACAAGAAAACAGCACAUUCAGAGGUAGUUAAAAAUACAGCAAGAAAGUCUACUGCUCCAAGCUCUAGCACUGUAAGAAAUUUACUGCAUCACAAAUCUGCACAGAUCAGACUGCCAGGUUACACUGCUCGCAAGUCUACGUCUGCACGACCAUUGGGAAAUACAGCUCGUAAGUCGACAAUUCAAAAUAGAAGACAAAUAACCCCUGGAAACACACCAGAUCCAGAGAAGAAGUUAUUCAAAUGUCCUAAAUGUGAUUAUAUCACAGAAAAGAGGCACAGAGCUAUGCUUUAUCAUUUCAACAAAAAGCAUUCGUUUGAAUGUUUUAUCCAGUGUUAUUAUUGCCAAGCAAAGUUCACAAACAAGGACCUCUGGUUGAAACAUUCAUCAUUGAUUCACUCAGGUCAAGAAAUGCAGUUUAAAACACUUCCCAUUGAAGAUUAUUUUAUCCCAUGGAGCACUUCUGAUAAUCAUCAGGUAGAACAGUUGACUCAACAGAAUAAGCCAGAAGAACGACCUCAAUCUGUUGAGUCUAGUAGUCUAAAGUCCUUAGUUCCACAUCUUGUUUGUGUCUUUUGUAAUUUGAAAGAAAUAAAAGAAGAGUAUAUGAGAUAUCAUCUAUACAUUCAUCUUGAUUAUAAACCAUUUAAGUGCAAACUUUGCAAAAAGUCAUAUUCUGAUCCUUUUCGGCAGAAACAGCACAUAUGUUUAGAGCAUGCUAGCCAGCAAGACAAAGCGUAUACAGAAACGAUUGAAUUAUAUGAGGACAAAGUAGAAGAGCUUCUAAGUGAUUGUAAAAGAUCUGUUCAAAAUGAUUUAGAUUAUAUACCUUGGAACUUGGAUGACGUCCUGAAUACAUUGUCAGAUUCUUUUACAGAGUCGAAAGAAGAAGAUUCCUCAGAUUUUCAAACUAAGGAUACACUCUGCUCCAAUCAAGAUUACCAUGAUGAAACUCUUCAAAAGCUACAACAGAUAUCUCCAAGGAAGAUAUUAGGAUCUUAUGAUAAAGAGGACCAGCCUCAAAAUCAUGCUGAUGAUGUACAUGGCCAGGAAACAGACAAAUCCAAAAUUAUCAAGUUCUCAAGCAAAAGAAAGACAAUAUCCUUGUCUGAUUACACUUUCCAGAAUAGUAAUUCUUCUGGUCCACUGUUGAAGAAAAUCAAGAUGUCUCCUGGUGGAGUUGAUUCCCUUAACAGUUCCCUUAACAAGCCAGUAGCAAAAUCAAAACCAUUAAACAAAACUAAAAGUUCUUCAGCAGUUUCCCUGCAAUCCUUAGGAAGCAGUUCAUCAUCUUCAAGUUUGGGAAUUAAGAGAUCUCCAGUAGAAGAACCUUCAUCUAAAAGUAAAUGGAAAAAACACAAAUCUUCUAAUUCUGGUGAAUUUGAUAAUCAUAACAUCAUGUGCUAUUAUUGUUCAUAUUCAUCAGAAGCUGUGUCACAUGUCAUUAGUCACACUCAACAGCAACAUGUGGGACGCAAUUGGGUAGCACUGUUGUGGAUUGACAAGAUUACAGGUGGAACUUAUGAUCAUGAAGGAAACAUAUUUAGCAAUGGUUUUGAUUCUGAUGUUGUAAUAGAAGAACGUUUCUUGUGUGGAUUGUGCAAUUUCAGAGCCAAAGAUAUGGUUAAGAUUUUAGAGCAUGAAGAUACUGAACAUGAGGAUAUAGUAGGCUCUUCUCUGGUAGAGUUAAAGACUAUUAUUGCCUGUAGUGGAUCGAGAAGACAUCGAACUGCAGCCUCAUCAAAUUUAUCAAAGACUGUAAAUAAACCAGAUAAACCAAAAAAACCUCACAAACCUCAGCCUAUUACAGAAUUCAAAAAGUCUCCAGGCAAAUCGAAGCCAGUUUCAAAUGGUAUGACCUACAAUUGCAGUGUGUGUUCAGUUCUCAGUACCAGCGAGUACCAGUUUCGACGUCACUUAGCAACUCACAGUAACUUUUGCUGCCUUGUGCCUGAUCUAUCCCAAAAUCCACAGUUGAAGUGCUGGAACUGUUCUUUUAGAGCUACAAGUAUUGAGAACUUUACAAGACACCUGACAAAACAAGUGGCUAUUAUAAAAUAUGAAUGUGGUCACUGUGGUUAUCGAGCUGGUUCACCUCGUGCUGUUAAGAUCCACAAUCGUAGUAAACAUUCAGAGAAAGAGCCAAAUAUAUGGGAGGUCUCAGAUGAAACACCGUCUUGUGCUAACAACAAAAACUUAUCACUUAUUGUUGACCUUGAACCUCAUGUUCGUCUGGAAGACUUUCAAAAUAUGACUCAAACCAGAUUUGAAUAUCUGCUACAGAGGAGACCCCAAAAGAUUCUACACUGAAUUUUUUUAUGAUUAAGAAAUUCCAUUCUAUUGAUAUAUGCUCACUCAAAUAUUGUUAUCAGCUGACCUGUUCGUUUUUGGAUUUUUUUUUAGAAAAGUUAAACAGUAGUUAAGUUGUAUAUAGAUUUAUAAAUACAUCUUGACUAUUGAGCUUGAGAUAUAUUGCAGGACAUUGUUUUGGGUGAAAACUGUAAGAAGUUUGUUCAUGAAAAAGAGACAGCUUCAAUCUUGGGAUUACCCCAUCUUCAUGUUCUACCAUUAAACAAUAUAAUGGAUUCUGUUACGAAUUAUAUUUUUUAACACGUCAAGGUUGUGGGUAACGUAUCUAUUGAAAUCAAUAUUUUGUCUAACAGCAGUGCUGCUCAUGGUUGUUGAACAUGGUUUACUUUAAAGUAAUAUCUCCAUCCACAUUUUACUUUUAACAAUGAUAAAACAAGUGCCAUAUCUUAUUGCCAGUAGUUGUUUUAUGCAAAAUUAAUUUAUUUAUUAGUAGUAUACUGUACUUAUUUGGAAGUAUGAUUUGUUCACAACGAAAGUACAAAUGCAGUAUUUUGUAUUAAUUUUAAGUAAUUAUUUUAAAGAAAAAGGCUCAUGAAAGCUUUUUUUAUCAAUAAGUCUUUAUGCCAAUAUCAUGUGUCUUCUUUUUUCUACAUGUAUGUAUAAAUACAUUCCAAAAUGGUGAUCAUAUUUUGUUCACCAAAAUUUAUGAAAUUUAUAAAUUGUUUCUAGUACUUUAUAGAAAUUUUUGAAUUUGUAAAUUUACUGGUACAGGUUUCCCAUUCAUAGCUUGCGAGAUAAUGUUUUUAGCAACAAAUAUAUUUUACUUAGUGGUUUGAAUAUGUUUUCCCAUCUUCAAUUAUAUACUUAAGACUCUUGACUGUAAUGGAAAUAUAUCUUAAACCAAAAGCCAAAACAGCUUAUUUGGAUUAUCGGUAUUAAACAGCUUAAGACCCAACAGAUAUCCAAACAUUCAUAUAAAUGGUUGCUAAUUCAAAGGAGUUAUAUGUUAUAUUAAUCGAUUUAAGGUGUAAAUAUUGCUUUGUAUAUAGUGCUAUUUUAUGAUUUGUUAUAAUUCCUUGUUUCGUUAAGUUUUGUAUAUUAUUUAAAUCAGGACAUAUUUCUAAAAAUUAACAUACAAGAUUUUAUAAAUAAAUUCACAGAAUGUAAGCAUAUGUAAAGAAUCAAAAAUAUUAAAAAUAUCCUAAAAUGA